UAAUUUUCAAGACGAGAAGUGGAGGGUGGAAGUGCUACGGAGAAAAUGUGUUCUCUCCUGGCAGCUGGUUGAUGUCUUCCAGAGAAUAUUGGUGAUAAACAGCAGUCAAGAAAUAUUCAAUAUGGAACGUGGGAAAUUCAAAAGCAGACUACCAGAAGCUGAGAAUGAUUCGGACUCCAAUGAUGUUAUCUUUGUGAAUCCAACAGACCACGAUGGGCCAAGCUAUGAGCCCACAUCCCGGGACCUGAGACUUAUCAAAAGAGGAAUCAAAAAGCCAACUAUGUCUGCGGAAGACCGCAAUGACCAGAUUCUUCGAGACGCAGGAAUCGACACUACUGGUAUGAGUAAACAAGAGAAAAAAGAGUUUGUGAAAGUCAUAAUGAUGUCAAAGGAUGAUGGUACACCAAAUUCUGAGAAAAGUGGGACUAGUGAUACCCCAAGUGAUGCUGGGAAUUCUUCGUCAAGUCAGAACCAACACACUGAUAUCAGUGCUGAACCUGAUCCUGGUGCCAUUUAUGAAACACAUCAAUACACUGGUAAUGAACAGUCAUCUACAGUACAUCAUUUAUUACCUGAUGAUGAGGACGACAAAUCCAGAAACAGGCCCCAAAGGACAAAGAUCUUGACCGGUUACUCCCAUAGGAUUGGUAGACAUAGUCGGGGUGAUACAAAAGGCGAAGAGGAUGGAGAGACUAACAAGGGUUGGAUUUGUAGUACUAAAGAUAAUCACCUACAGCAGACUUUGCUUGUAAAGGAUGCAGAUGUAGUAGAGAAUCAGAAAAGCAAGAGAGGAAAUGGUAAACGGACAACCACACAAACUAAAAGUUUCACAGAAGAAAGACUGAAAAAGCAGAGGAAGAUGGAGCAGUAUUCACAUAUUGUAAUUGAUGAUGAUGAACAGAAUACAGCUUCAGAUAAAGAACCGAUGGAGCAAAGAAAAUCCCCCCAGAAGAUUUCACAAACUGUUAUGGAGGACGAUGACACACAGCCACCAGACUCGCCUGAGGUUUUCAAAAUGGAGUCUCCAGAAGAAUCCGAGGAAGUGAGACUGAUCAAUACACUGGAGGAGGAAACAACACAGGACUACUUUGAUGGUCAACAAUCCGAAGACUACAUCCAAACGUUGGUUCCAAACAGUCAAGCAACACCUCCUAAUGAAGCAUCAGACAAUGUUCAGCAUCGGUUAGCAGGGCGGACUCCUCCUCCCCGAUUAUUCCAUCAAAUCCACAACUCGGGUGUUGAACCCCCUACCAGUAGAAAAGCUAGCCCUUCCAAAAGUAAAAAUUCAAGUACAUCAUACAGUGACAAAGGUUUUGAGGCCAAUGUUCCCUCUGAAACUAAAGGUUCUUUCACCAUUAAAACACUGAAGAACAAGAUGGUGGAGAUGGCUCAUAUGGUACAAAACAAGUUUGGACACAAGUCUGACAAGGCUGGGAAAGGAAAUACAUCUGGUGAACCAGAUAUCACCAGGAAGGAUUCAUCAUCUUCACAAGAAAGUGACAUCUAUAAUGUGCCUACCCUUAUAAGGCAUUACAGAAGAGCAAAGAAGGUGACACCUAGAUACCCGUUUUAUGCUCCUGACCCUGGGAGUGUACAGUUCUAUACUAAAGUGAUUAUACAGCAGUUGGAGAUCUACAGUCGGAAGCUGACCGAGGUUCAGACCAAGGCAGCAGAGAUUAUCGCCUGGGGUGAGCCUGUCAAAUGUGGCCGCCACGCGGAAAAGGCACUGGAUUUUGCUCCUGUCAUCCGAACUAGGCAAAAUAUGUACAAGGAGGAGACUUCUGAGGAAGAUGAUUUUGUGCCAUACAAACCAAGGACAGUUUUGCCCAGGAGACACAUAAAGCUUAAAGGAAGUCGUUCCAAGGUUAAAGAUGAUCCAGAUUAUGUUCCCGAGUUAACUCGGAGUGACGAUAAAGGAUUGUAUAACACAGAUACACAACCAUUUGGUGAAAAAGUUGAAGCUACAAUGAAUGAAGAGAUUGACUUACGAGAUGACAGCAAACCUCUGAUAUCUUCCAGUAAUCAAAGGCAAGAAGGGAAUGAUGAUACUGCUGUCAAAACUGAUAAUGAUGGAUGGAUGUCGGUUGAGAAACAGAAAAAUAUACCACGUACACAAAGAGGACAACAAUCUGGUGUAAACAAUGAAAGUAGAAGAGCUGCUCAUGCUGUUACUCCACAAGUCCAACCUGUCCGAAGAACAAUGUAUACAGAUAUCCCCAGUAAUCCUGGUGCUGUGAAAAAGGCAGAUGUAUACAAUUUAUCAGAUGACAACAGUGGAGAGGAAUUUCUGACUCUUAAGAAGAGUGGAGGCAAUUACAAGAACAGAAGUACUAGAUAUAGACAUGUGAAUUUUCAAAGGAAGUUAUUAGAGAAAUCUGACAGUGGAUGCUCUAUAGAAAAUAUUCCAUCUGAUGAGGAGAAUGAUUAUGUAGAAAAUAUAGGAAAGUUCAUUCGACAGAAAGCUCCUUCACCUACAAGUCCUGGUAAGUUAGCCAGUCCUCCCUAUCUGCAGUCUGAGUCCUCCAUGGACAGCCUCAGUCAGCAGUCUGGUGCCAUGAUCAACACCCAGGGAGAGCUGUAUUCUACACAGAUAUGUUUACAACGUGAAAGGUCUGCAAAGAAAACCAAAAAAACCAGCCCUAAAGGAUCACAAUAUUUACAGUAUCCAAGAGCAUGGAGAAACUGUAAUUAAGCAGAAGAAAAGGAAAAGAAUGGCUUCAGGCCAGACAGGAAAGGAGUUCAUCAAAGAUACCAGUUU